AUGAAUCAGAAUAUCUUUUUUGUUUCAGACAUGACGUCAGAGACAAAGAUGUGGCUCCUUGCACUUCUGUCGCUUCUCCACAGAACUUCUGUCUCAGAAACAGAGACGUUUCAGGUUCUUGGUCCCCCUGCUCCUGUUGUUGUGUCCCCCGGUGAAGACGUCGUCCUGCCCUGUUCCCUCUCACCCAGCGUCAGCGCCCUGGACCAGGUGGUCAGGUGGUUGAGAGUCGGUCUCAUAGUUCCCAUCUGCUUGUACGCAAACCAGCAGUACAUCCUGCAGGACCCGCUCUCCCCCUACUGGGGAAGGACUGAACUCUUCACGGCUGAGCUUGCCAGGGGCAAUGUGUCUUUAAUCCUGAGAGAUGUGAGGCACUCCGACCGGGGACAGUACAAGUGUUUGGUAGAAUUUAAAGAAGCUGUGGUUGACCUGGGUGUGAGAGCCCUGGGCUCCCAGCCCUCAGUGUCUCUCCACUCCCCUGGAGGAGGUCAGACCCAGCUGCUGUGCAGGUCAGAGGGCUGGUUCCCUGCACCUGCAGUGAUCUGGACAGACAGGGAUGGACACGAUGUGACCUCACUGUCCAGCACCACAGUGGAGAAGGACAGUCAGGGGCUCCUCAGUGUCAGCAGCUACAUCCCAGUCCAGCAGGAGUCCAACAUCUUCUCCUGUCUGGUCAGAAGUGCCCAACCUGGGCCAGACUGGGGACCUCAGCUCCACAUUCCCAGAGACUUUUCCUCUGGACCCUCAGGAUGGAUGGUGGCUCUCUGUGUAACAGCAGCUGUGACUGUAGCAGCGUCAGCACUUCUGGUGAUCCAGUGGAGGAGAAUGGACAGGGAGGAGAAACUGAUAAGCCUUCCUGUCAUCCAGAGAGAACUGGGUAAGUCCUCCCUCCUCCUGGAGGAAGAUGUG